AUGCAGGAGAGCCCUGACGCCGAAAACCCGAAACUGCGCCUCCUUGAAAGCCUCCCACUGCCCGCAAGCGCGAGGCAUUCUGACCUGAAGAGAUUCACGCCGCAUCGAGGAUCCGUCUCACGUACCGUUAUUGUGAGCAUCGUGUCCCAUAUCCCACCUUCUGCCUCGCCAUCCAAUCGUGAAACCGCGCAUGCGAGCCGCCUCCCUAUCCCCGUCCGGCAUGCAGCUCCUUUGAGCUUGUUCAUCUCUCCUGACCUGGAUCACUGGCGCGCUGUUCGUAUCUCAUCUUACAAUCUGCACCUGCGGUUUUAA